GGAGUAGUUUGACCUCCCUCCACUCCCCCUCCGCGAGGCCCUCUCUUCGACAUUCUCGCUGGCUCCCCCUCCCCGUCCGCGUCCGUCGUCUUUGGCUGGGGCAGAUAACAAAAUCUGAUAUCGCUGGGGCUUUGCCGUCCGGGGUCCCCUCUACCUUCUCAUCUCCCUCACACAAAGCAGAAGGGGAGGAGUUUUAGGGGGGGGCGGGGAGGGCAGGAGGAGCCAUCAUCGUGUCCGUGCUGGCCAUUAUUAUUUCUUCCUCCAGCGGCAAUUUCUGGCCGGCCACCGGGCAGGCGUGCUAUAUUACUCGGGUUCGUGGCCGUCUCGUUCCGUCCAAGCAUGCAGAGUGGCGUGUCCUUCCUUGGCGGAAUGGCGGAGGAGUGCCCAACCGCUGGCGGCGCGGAGCUCUGGCUUCCCGACGAGUUCUUGGAUGAUGACUUCUUCUCUGAGGAGGAGAAGGCGGCGGUCGCGGCCAAGAGCGAGAGCGACGAGGAGGAAGGGGUGGACGGCCUCUCGCGCCGCGUGGCUGGGCUCGUCGUCGGCAACGGGAAGGGUGGAGGAGACGGUUCCCCUGCAAAGGCGGAAGUGCUGGCCGGCUCGCCGCAGUCGAUUCUGUGCGGCCUGCAUGCUUCUGGGGAGGACAGCCCCAACGGCGUGGCGUCGCAGGUCAGCUCGCCGCCGUCGUCGCCGCUGGAGCAGGCGCCGGCGGAUCCCUGGGACCUGCUGAGCGAGGCGGCCGGCCAGGUGGCUCGCUUGCGCACAACCAGCAUCCCCGUGCCAACGAACGCGGCCGCCAAUCAAGGAGACCCCGUCAUGGCACCGCCAGCAAAGAAGCUCUCCGCGCCGACCGAGGCUCCGAACCACGCGGGUGCCAACCACUCUCAGCCGAUUAAUAACUCGAUGGAACAGCGCCGGAUUCAAAUUGCUCGUUUUAAUGCCCUGAAGCAGCAGCAGCUUCUCAAGCACCGGCGGGAGCGGGAGCUCGCCGUCGCUACGGCGGCGGCGUGGGGCACCAGGGUCGCUGGGUCUCAUCGUGCCGGUGCCGCCGCCGGGUACGGUGCGCCGGCGUCACAUGUCCUCAGCGCGUCCGCGUGGCCCCCGCUCAAGAAGUCGCAGCCGCAGCCGCCGGCGUCCCCGGCGGCGGGCAUGCGCGCCCUCUUCCUCACCCCUCCCGGCGCCAAGCGUGAGUGCGCCGGCACCGGCGUGUUCAUUCCCCGCCAGGCCGGCGCCCCCGCCGAGCCCAAGAAAAAGCCAGCGUGCUCCCCUGUUCUUCUCCCGGCGCGCGUCGUGCAGGCACUCAACCUCAACGUCGAGGAUCUCGGUGCUCGUCCCAUCUACCCCGGCGGUUUCGUUCUUGAUCACGAUGCACUGGUGAGUCGGAGCAACGCUCUGCUGGCGAGCCGUUCGUCCCAGCUCCAUGGCGCCUCAUCGCGCGAGGUGAAUCUCCCCCAGGAAUGGACGUAUUGACUUGCCGAAUCCGGUCACCGCUGCAAAGAUGAUCCCUUCCCCAGAUUAACGGGUCAUAUUCAAGGAAAAAAAAGAGAUUACUAUUGCUGUUGCUAGCAAUAGGUAGGUGUUAGGCUAGAAGUAGGAGGCAGCAGCGGUGGUAGCAUUAUGCAUCGUGCAUCAUCAGCGUUAGGUGUUCUUUUGUGCGGGUGAUAUAUUGGUUAUUUUGGGGGUGAUGGUUGGUGAUGGAUGGGAGCCGAUGAACAAGAGCGAAAUCCAUGGCUGUCGCAGGUCGUUGGGGGGAGGAACAAUAAGUGGGUGCUUUUGGAGAACUACUCCUAUGGUUUAGCUGGUUCUCGUACUAUGAUGAUGAUGAUGAUUCCCAAGAAAAAUCAUCAGCAGUCUGUUUGUGAAAGAGAUGCGUCAGUGUAAGCAAGAAGAAAUAAUAAGAGCUCCAUAUUUCCUUUC